CUUCAGCCUUAAUGUCACCUCGGUGCCACCACCCCCUCCCCAGUGUCCCCUUCCCGGGGCUCUGGGGUCCCCUCAGUGCCACCACCCCCUCUCAGUGUCCCCUUCCCGGGGCUCUGGGGUCCCCUCAGUGCCACCACCCCCUCUCAGUGUCCCCCAGGCUCUGGGGUCCCCUCAGUGCCACCACCCCCUCUCAGUGUCCCCCAGGCUCUGGUGUCACCUCGGUGCCACCACCCCCUCUCAGUGUCCCCUUCCCGGGGCUCUGGGGUCCCCUCAGUGCCACCACCCCCUCUCAGUGUCCCCCAGGCUCUGGUGUCACCGGGGUGUCCCCAACAUCCCCUUCAGCCUUAAUGUCACCUCAGUGCCACCAACCCCUCCCCAGUGUCCCCUUCCCGGGGCUCUGGUGUCACCUCAGUGCCACCAACCCCUCUGUGUCCCCCAGGCUCUGGUGUCACCCCAGUGCCACCACCCCCUCCCCGGUGUCCCCUUCCCGGGGCUCUGGUGUCACCUCAGUGCCACCACCCCCUCUCAAUGUCCCCCAGGCUCUGGUGUCACCCCAGUGCCACCACCCCCUCUCAGUGUCCCCUUCCCGGGGCUCUGGGGUCCCCUCGGUGUCCCCAAUAAACCCCUUUGUCCCCAAGUCCCCUGGUCUUGUCCUGUCACUGGGGGUGGGGCCUGGGGGGUCCCCGUGUCCCCAAAGAACCACCAGGGCUCUGAGGGUCCCCGAGGUGCUCCUGGGGGGUCCCCAAAUUGUCACCAGGGCUCUGGGGGUCCCCAAAGUGCUCCUGGGGGUCCCCAAAGUGCCACCAGGGGCCUGGGGGUCCCCGAGGUGCUCCUGGGGGUCCCCAAAGGGCCCCUGGGGGUCUGGAGGUCCCCAAAAUGCUCCUGGGGGUCCCCAAAGUGCCCCCUGGGGGGCUGGGGAAGGGCAAAGGUCCGAGGGCCCAUCCGGCCCCUCCCAGGGCAGAGUCCAGGGCGGUGGCACCUGAGCCAGGUGUGUCCCCUGAGCCAGGUGUGUCCCCUGUGCCAGGUGUGUCCCCUGUGCCAGGUG